AUGGCGACAAAGCUAGCACCAAUAUGUCAUUCACAGCGUAUCACCGCCAAGCUAGAUGGUGUUAGUGGAUAUGAUAUCCAAACCUCUACCAAAACAGUAUACCUGAAGACUAGGGGAAUUCAUGUCCGUGUAACAGAAACUCCAAAAGAGGCAUUGGCAAGAAAUGUAAGACAAACAUCACCAGAUGCUGUUUCUCGAAGUAGCUCAGCGACGAGGAAGGAGAACGUCACCGAAGAUCUUAGAUUAAUGGUCCACGGAGUAGUCUCAAGCAAACCAGCUGAUGAAGACCCGGAAGUUCGAAAGAGCGAAAUUAGCAGCUAUGCCAUCCGUCAGCAAUAUGGACAACACUUAGAAAAGAAUUGGUAUAAAUCAAUGGUUCGUGAGAUGAAUACUAAGAAUAAGGAAAGUGUCACGCAGCAGAGUUACCCGUUUACCCCGGAAAUGUUCUACAGUCCGGAACCAGAAACAGACAGUGGCGACGAGGAUGCUGUAAAAUUCAGCUCAGAAUUUCGAGUCGUCGUACAAAACUCGACUGUGGAAAGAUCUUUAAGUGGUUACGAAAGUGAAGCAAUCGUUGACGAUGAACCUAUUUCCCUUAAAUACCAGUCAACUAAAUUUGUGUCCAUGGAUGUUUUGGUCAGUGAUCAAGAGUCUGGCAGUGAGUCAGACAUAGAAUUCAUCAUGAAGAACGGCGGACUUCUUCAGAAGCGGGUUAAGAAUAAAAUGCAUGCAAAGCGCCAAAGGCAGAUGACUAGAUUUGAAAAACUGCAUGCUAAACCAGAUGAAGUAUCAGAUGAGGACGAUGACUAUGAAUUAGAAAAUAUGACAGAUAAAGAGCUCAGAGCUAUGAGAUUAAAACUCAAGAAACCCAAGUGGAAAUUAAAACUUAAAGGCAUAGCACGCUUCAGACAAGUAGUUAGAUCGAUUUGCAUUCUUAUGUUUUUCCGUCGCGUCAUAAAAGAAAUAAAAAGAGAACGCAAAGCGCGUAUGAGACGAAACAAAAGGCACAAAAGUCUUGGUGGUUUUUUAAGUGGAGAAGAUGACGAAUGCAACAGAUUGUCUAAACUCCAUCAUUACAAAACUCUUAAAGAACGUUUUCUUGAUGAAAUUGGUUGGAAAUUAGUAGAACAAGUUUCUAACUUGGCGAUUAAAGAUGGUUUCGGCUACGACAUCCGAGAUGAACUGGCAUCUGGUGAGCGCCGCUCUCGUUAUUUAAGAGUUCUUGAAGAGUGGUUUGCCAACGACUCACAAGAAGCAACACAAAUUGAAUACAUUCCCAAUAGAAGAACAUCAAAACGUUUAUUAAAGAAGACGAUAAAACGAAGCACUAGUUGCCCAGAACUCAUAAAGCCGAAGCAGUAUCGAGUUUUACACAGUCCUGUCAAGUUCCUAGAGCCUAAGACUGAUAAAGAAUUUUCCAAGAAAAAGGGUAAAGGGGGUAAAAGAAAAACAAACAAACCCCUCAGAUAUCAGAAAAACAAUGACGACGAUGAUGAUUAUGCCAUUGGAUCGUACAAUGAAGGAAACGGAAGAAGAAGCAGUUUUGAGUUGGGAAAGAAAUCUGGCGGUGCGCUUGAUCUUCGAGAUCUGUUAAAAGAUGUUCAUAUUCCAGCUAAAGAAAUCAAAAUUCAAAUAGCUGAACGAAAAAUGAGAAGAAAUCGGAAAAAUAGCCGACAAGCGAAGAAAAAGGGUUAUAUACCUUAUGACGCCAAAAAAGCAAUGGAAGCAAACAGAUUCAAGAUACCGGAUUUUGAAAUAAAUCUUUCUCCAACCAAUACUAGUCCAGUAGAUGAAGACGAAGACAAGUCAAGUUCCCCUACCCAUGAAAACAGUGAAUCUCCAACUGAAUCCAAAACACAGUUAGACAAAUUACAUACGUUUUCGGUGCGCAAUGGACCAUUCGUCAAUAGUAGCGUAUCUUGGAAUAAAUCCAAGCAGAAAAACCAGAAUACAUGGUCUAAUGAAGAACUUGAUCGUGAAAUCCAGAGAGCGGGAUCAUUGUUUUUAGAAAUGAGACAUUGUCGGUAUAUAAGAUGGUACAGACUUGGUCAAGCCAUGGUCAGCAGAAUGUUAGAACUAGAAAAUGAAGUCAUGUAUGGGUUUACUCUCCAAUCAAAACCCACGCACCAAGAGUAA